GCGAAACAAAUCUUCUGUCAAAACAAAAUCGACACUCGAAUGUUACAGUUGCUUUGAAAUUCUUAAAAUUUUUAUUUGCCGUGCGAUCUCAUUUAAGUUCAUCAUGUUUAAUAUUCAACAACUCAUCCAAGCAGCUGAGUACUUGGAUAGAAGGGAAAGAGAAGCCGAACAUGGAUAUGCUUCCACACUUCCUAUGCCAGACGAUUAUAGUGCAAAGAAGAGGUCAAAAUCUAAGAAAUCUCAGGGAAAUAGGUCAACACACAACGAAUUAGAAAAAAAUAGGCGAGCAAAUUUAAGGUACUGCUUAGAGAAAUUAAAAGACAUUGUGCCAUUGGGACCAGACUCAUCCAGACAUACAACCUUAGGUCUUCUAAUGAAAGCUAAAAGUUUUAUCAAGACGUUAGAAGAUAAAGAAAGAAAAACAAUAACUCAGCGGGAACAAUUGCGCAGGGAACAGAGAUUUUUGCAAAGGCGAUUAGACCAACUUUCGGACGGGCAAUAUCGGGUGCGGCAAGAAAGAAGUAUUAGUGAAUGUAGUACAUCUACUAAUUCAACUACCUCCUCCAACUCAGAGACAGAUGAGAUAGACAUUAUUGGCUAUGGAAGUGGCACGAGCGACACCGAUGACCAUAGCAGCGUCGAGAGUGGAUCUAGCGACGGUUACACGAUCUCAGCCAAGAGAAUUAGAUUAAAUAGUUCAUACUCCGAGUCUCUUUGAAACGCGGAGAUGAACCGGGGAGAUACUUGCUUGCCCGGUGAGGUUUAUUCGUGUAGAAUAAUUGUUGUUAAAUGUGAAUUUGUUAUUUGUGUGAUCAAGAUCUGGUCUGGGGCGUUACGACCCCCUGAAUAUACGCAACUAUUGUGUGGACACAGUCAAACAUUCUUUAAAAGAAAACACUGAAAAAUUAUAUAUGAUUAUUAUUACUAUUAUGAACAAUCGAAUUUCCUUGUGUAUACAUAACUGUAUGGUUAUUGACAUAUUUUUGAGUGAUUAUUACUGUUUUAAUUAGAAAACCUCAUGAAUGUGUAUCGUUGACUAAUUGGGAAAAUGUUUUGUGUGAAUGCGGAAAAAGAAACUUCAAGUUCCAGCUUUCCAAAGAUAAAAUCAACUGGUGCAAAUGGUCAAGGUCCUAUGCUGUCAUCUAAUGGUUUUGGGAUGUUGAAAACAAAAGCAGAAAAGUUUGAAAAAGAAAGAAAAAAGAAUCAUUGUUUUUGUGGAUGUUAAGUAUUAUUAAUGUUAAGAAUUUCGGAAUUUUGCAUAUUUUCGCAAAGUUUAUGGAUCAUAUUGAUUAGUCACUUUGAAAAUUUUGAUGAUUUAUGGAAAUUGGCAGAAAGUGCAUUAGGAAUAAUUUGAUUAUAUUGUGAUUCUUUUUCAUUGUAUUCAUUAAGGCAGCAGUUGUCACCUCAAGGAUAAAAGAAGUAGAAAAAUAUAAACAAAAAUGGAAGUUCACAAUUAUAUUUUCUGUCUCAUAAUUGUCGCUGUAAUGUAUAUGGCGCAUGACUAAUGAAAUUUUUCAAAUCUAUUUUUGCCACACUUCUUUUGAUUGCAAUAAGGUCGUUUUAUGGAGGCAUAAACAAUUACACGCUUUUAACCUAGUUUUGUUUUUUUAAGUUCAACUUAUUUAUAAACUUAUUUGUGCUUGCAUAACUUGUGCUGUUAAUUGUCACAGGAACCGUUAAGAAUAUGAGUUUUAGUUCAUACCACUUUGUAAAUUUCCGGUAUAGUUUCAAGUUCAGUAAUUUGUAAGGUUUUAAAUUUUUUUCUUUUCACAGUGGCAAUGUCAAUGAAAACAAGAUGUGUUUAAUGGAGUACAAAAUGAUUAGAGCUGCUUUUAAUGAAAAAAAUAAAUAUUUUACAUGUCAUACGUAUACACUAGAGAUUUGUAUUAAUUAUGAAUAGUGUAUUUGAGCCGCGCCAUGAGAAAACCAACAUAGUGGGUUUGCGAACAGCAUGGAUCCAGAUCAGCCUGCGCAGCCUGGUCAGGAUCCAUGCUGUUCGCUUUCAAAGCCUAUUGCAAUUAGAGAAACUGUUAGCGAACAGCAUGGAUCCUGACCAGACUGCUGGUCGCAAACCCACUAUGUUGGUUUUCCCAUGGCACGGCUCAUUUCAUCUUGAUAGAGGAUCAAGCCUUUAAACUAAUGAGAUUAGAAUAAUUUUACCCUUAAAGCCAGUAAAAGCCUUUUUUCAUAUCGUUAGAAAAGGAUUAUUUAUUCUAAUAAAAAGCCCAGAAUGAUGGAAAAAUGGGGGUGAAUAUUUGGGAAAAUACAGGUUUGAUGAACAGUUGUCUUUUCCUCAAGAAAUUAAUUUUUUUGACAGUAUGGAGAAAUGAAUUUAAAACUUCUUAGAGGGGUUUACAGGACAGUUUCUUGCAAGGGAAGUUUAUUGGAAUAAAUACAGUAGUGAUAUUUUUUUCUUCCACCGUUAUUUCUUCUUCUAUUUUUUUAAAUAUGAGUGCUCACUGGAUCUGUUGUUAUUUUUACCAGAUUCUUGAUAUUUUUAAAACAUUUUGCAAAAGAGAGUAUCUUUUAAAUAACAAUUUAUUGCGUUUGUGGAAAUCUGUAGUCUCAGUUGUUUCAUGGGGUUUUGGUUGCCACAUGAAUAGUGACAUUUUACAAUUUGAUGUAAGUACUUAGAUAACUUGAAGGCCUCCUGUAUUUUUUAUCUGUUGUCAUGUUAACUUUUAACUUGUAUAUGCAGAAAAACACAGUUUUCAAUAUAGAUUUGUUUUAUUGUACAGUUUUGUAGCCUAUAUGAAAUUUUGUGUAAAUAGUAUCUUUGAAUACUUAAAAAAAGAAAAUGUGGCCAGUUUUUCUUGAAGCGCUGACACUGUUCUGGUUACACUGUGACCGGCUCAUUUUUGGAAGUGUGACAUACUGCAAACAGGAGAUAAGACUAGUUAUAAGUAUCAGUCUGAUUUGUUUUAGGUAUUCAAAGUUUUAAAGUUGUAAGUAAUGAAGAAUUAUUCUCUCGAAACUUAAGAAUUUUGCAUUUUUGAAAAUCUGUGAUUUUGUUAUAUUGCCAGCAUUGUUGCCAUAAGUCAUGAGAGAAGAUUUUAUAUAAGGCUGACUAUUGUUAAGAUUAGUUUUUCAGGCUCUCGCUACAACAUGAUGAAUGUUUACUACUCAAAUAAGUGUGCAAGGAAGCAAAAAAAAAUUUAAUUGCAUAAGGUGGCAGUGAAAACCCUACCUUUAAAAUUUAUGCACUCAUAAGCAUGUUGAAAAUUGGUCUGCACCUCUGAUGUUUGUUUGAACUUUAUUUACGAAAAUUUUACGUGUAUCAUUAAAAUGGUGGAUUUUAGUGAAUUUCAGCAGACUGGUAAAUUUUUUCUGCAAAAUUGUUAUAGGCACAUAGAGAGUAUAGUAAUUAUUUGAGACAUCUUUUCUGAAAUCUAUAGGAAUUUGAAUUGAUUUUGAAAAGCCUGAGGAACUAAUCGAAAUUACAGAAAUGUGUGAAUGCUAGGUGUAAAAUAUGUGGGUGGGGUAGAGAAACAUAACACCAUUCAUUAAUUCUUUGAGACAAAGACUAACAUCAGGCAAUGAAAUAGUUGUAUAUUUCAGUUCCUUAACAUCAUUAUUUUAGCCUCAAAGGCAGUAGAUUCAUCUGCAACUGCCUCACCCAAAGUUUAAGUGUCAGAAGUUGUGGACAAAGAUCUUGCUUUUGUGAUUUAGUGUGUCUGAGUUUAUAGAGAAAUUUGCGAUUAACUGAAACCUUGGCACAGAAAUGACAGAAUAUAUGUUUUUAAAAUAAUAUCAGUGAUCUCAUUUUGAAAAAAAAACUAAGUGUAUUAAAUAAAGUUGUGCAAUUUUAUAUGUGUGUGACAAAAGCUACCCGACAAGAUGCUUCAAAAUGGUGUGAGUCACCACUGCUUACGUUAUAUAUCUGCAUGCAAAGCCAAUUCUUAGAAAAUGGUAGAUUUUCUUAACCUAACUGCAGUAUGAUAUAAUGAGUUAAUCCCCAACUUAAAAUACAUUUUCUCGGCCUAUCGGCAAAAGAAACCAAUGUCAGAAAAUCCACUUUUUUUUUGCUGUAUUGUAAUAUUGCUGCUUGAAAAUAUUGAUACGGCAUAUUUGAUCAAGAAAUACCAGCGUCUAACCUGUUGGAUUGUUUAUUAAAGGUAGAUUUUCAUUUAUUGAUAUAUUCCCUGCAGCCUUUCUGGAAAUCGAUUGAAUAAUUUCCGCUUUCUGUACAAUGUUCAAAAUGAUUUUAUUUUGAAAAUCUACCUGGACUAUAACGUUGCUUGGUUGCGUUCUAUGCUUCCAAAGGAUCUUGUCGAAGAUUUUUAAAAGGAAAGCAGAAUUUUUAAAUAAAAUAUUUGAACAUCUACCUUUAAGAUACAUUUGUUGUUAAACUACUAAAUGGCAAGCUUUGUUUUAUCAGUAUGUAAAUUCUAAUGCAUAUGUAUAUAUAUAUGUAGAGUAUAUAUUUUUAAAGAAGUAUUACCACAGUAAUUACGAGGCUGACCUGCAUUGGUGCUCUGCAUCAUGUAUAUCAAGUAGCUGACUGUGCUGUUUUUGCGGUUUCCAAAGGCACAGCUAUUUUAGCAUCUUGUGUAAUUUGUUUUGAGGGUGUUUUUAGAUCAGUUUUAUUCUACUUGGCUCCAGGUUGGGUGGGGGUGGUUGAGUAUACCCGUCCCUCCCUUACAGAAUUAUGAUGGUUUUUCAGUUAACAUAAAAAAGGUCCAAAGCUGAGCAGUAAUGCAUAUGUAUAUCAUCAAAAUUAAUAAACUUGAACACUUCUAAAAAAUUUGCAAGUUUGGAUGAAAGUGCAUUCUGUAAAAUGUAAGCGGUGAAUUAAGCCUAAAUUAUAAUGUUUUUAUUAAAAGGUUUUACCUCAACUUCACCUUGCAUAUUAACUUUUUUUUCACUGGGAUUUGAUGUUUUCGGAGAUCUUUUGACAACCCUUGCAAACAAGCAGGCAUGAUUAAAUCUGUAUAUUAGCAGUAUGUAAAAGGAUAAAAAAGACUGUAGCUAUUGGCUCAAAUAAAGUUUACUGUUUGACCUACUUCUCAAUAACUGCUGUUUUUGUUAGCUUGUCAUACGAUACAUUAGACGAAAUGUUUUUGUAGGUAAAUUAGCGCACAAAUUAUUUUAUCUGGUGCAAGGCAUGCUGCUGCAGAAGUCAUAAUUUAUCGUGAAAAAAUAACAGCUUCUCUAGAAAAUAGGUCAAAAAACAAAAAAUAAAACAUUAGUUUAUUUGAAUCUUCUUAGUAUGCUAACUGUUUUCUUGCGUGUUCAUUCUAUUUAAAGUUCCCAAUGUUUAGGCCAUUUCGUUUCAAUUUAAUGUAAAGGAAACUUUGUUAAAUUGGUUAAUUGCCUUUAUAUCAGGUUAAUGAAUCAAGAUAGCUUCGAUUCGUGUCAAUUUAUUAUUUAUAUGUCAAAGAUCAAAACAGUCGAUAGAGAAGAAUAAUGGACAUGCGAUCAGAUAUAACCAAUGAAUCUACAAAAAUCGGUUACACUUCCAUGAACACUGUAGCUCUAGAUGUUGCAUGAGUCAUGGUAUUGACCAGUUUUAUCAAAAUACGAGAAACUUGACUUUUUUUAUGACCGAUUUAAAACGUCCCUGCAGUUUUGUUUACGCAUGAAACUGGGAAAAUGAUACUCUGACAUGCAAUGUGCUGGAAAAUUGGCAAAAACUGAUAUUUUGAUAAAUAAGAGUGUAUGUUUACAUUUGUAUUUUGAGUUAAGUCAUAGAUGAAUAUAUUUAUCUCCGAUAUAAAACGGAAUGUUUUACAAGAGUAUUGGAUAUCUAGUACCCCAAGGUGCUUCAAGUUACUUACCUCUUUUAUGUAAUCGUCUAAGGAAUUAAUUUCUACUGGAGCAAUGGUUUUAAGUUUGAUCCUUGGCAUAUUGUUUGGUCAGUGUCAAAAAAAUUCAUCAUAUCAAGAGGCCAUUAAUCUAUAAGUUAAUGUAUGCACAGUGUUAGGUUCUCAUUUCCUUGCCCCGGUCUAAGACCAACAGUUACCUUUGGUACUGGUACUUUCAGGUGUUUAUUUAAUUAUUGAAUUAGAAGGGGAGGCCGGUCGGGGGGGGGGGGGGGGGGUCCUUCCAUUUAGAACUUCACUUGUUCCAGGAAAAGUAGCUGAGGCUUCAAACUACUAUAGCAGGGGGAAAUACCUGUCCCUUGGCCCAUAAUGAAACCCCUGACUUUAGAUUUUUUACAUAUCUAAAAUGGUACAAACCUUGUACAAAGAUAAACAUGAACAUUUGGUCUAUAUCUGGUCAUAUGACAUCUGCAAGGUCAUUAAAUGUAUAAGAUGAUUUUUUCCGCUUUGUGUAAUAAACGUUGUCAACAGAAUGCUUGCACCAAAUUGUUUUAGAUUAUUAUCUUUGAAGUAGUGAAAGUAAAUCUUGAAAUUGAAUAUCUCCAUACUCAAUCACAUUAAUUUCUUAUCAGUCAUCCCUUUAAGGCAUGGUAAUUUGAAAUGAUUCUAGCUUAGUAAAGUGAUCUCAGUUUUAAUUUUAAUCCUUUAAAAGAGUUAAUUGCCAACCAUUUUUCUCAGGGUAUUGUAUUUCCAUGUGACAAAUAACUUGUUAAAUAUCUUACCAACCCCCUCUAUACUCUGUUGUGUAAAACUAGGGAUUUUUGAAAUGACUUCUUUGCUAGGUUUUGUAAUUUGGUUGAAAGUGAUAAUUGGUGAGGUAUUUUCCGUUUUAUCGACACCUGGCACUUUCUUGAUACAGUCAAACCUGUACUUAACAGUCAGCCAAGGGAGAGUCACAAUCUGGCUGCUUAAAGCAGGUUGCUACUUUAGACAAGUUAGAACAAAAUGUCCCUUUAGGAAGUUAGUUGACUUGCUAAUUAAGGUGGCUGCUAAGUCAGGUUCAACUGUAGACAGGUGCAGAUUUAGACAUGUUAUUUUGAAUAGACAAGGUUAACAGUUGAAAAAAUUGUUAAACCGGUAUAUAAUUAAAAUGAAAAUUUAUUUAUUUGGUUAACAUGACAUAAAUUCUAUUUACCUUUAGCAGUGUAAAGUUCUUACACUUGAAUGAAAAAGGAUGAUACAAUUCAAAAGAAGUAAACAUUUUUUUUAUGCUGAGUAAUGUAGUCUUUUUUUGGGGUCCUUAAUUGUUUUCAAGUCGAAAUGUUAAAGGACAGAAAAAGAUAGAUUUUUAUUGGCCUAGAAAUGAUUUAUAAUGUCACUGAUCAAUCAACCUUGUUUUUCCUUUCGAAAGAUGAAUGUUUUAUGAAACAGGAGAAGAAAGCAUUAUCUAGGUUUUAGGGCUCAGACAGAUACUAUAUUGUUGCGACGGAAAUCAGUUGAAAAGUUGAUAGGAAAUGGCAGAUGCAUCUGUAAUGUAAAGUGCUAAGAUUAGAUUUUUAGGAAAAGGAUGCACUUAACAAACUUCCUUUUUUUGCAACUGUUGUUGUUAUCUUAAAUAUGAAUAUGCCUUUAUGUUGAGAAGAAAAAAAACUGACAUUUCUGAAAUCUGUGUCCGAAAUUAACGUGCAGGUCAGCGUCUUGUUUUCACUGGUAAGGGGGAAAAAUCAAGAAGCAUUGAAUCAAUAAUUUAUUACCUAUAGCUAUGAUCUGUGAUAUACUGUGUGCAAAAAAAAAAAGUUUACCGUACAUGAAUUUUGACGUGUUGUUGGUUUCUUCCUGAAGGGAUUUGAAAAAAAAAAGCUCUUGAAGUUCAUACAACAAGGUUCAAUUAUGGUGACAAAGUUCAUGCUAGUGAUCAAUGAUUGGGAUGUGUUCAGGUUCAAUAAUUACAAGGUUUUGUGUAAUUCCGUGUAACUUGUGACGCUUAAUAUCAGAUUGAUAGUCUUUAAUUAAUGUGUACUAUUGUACAAGGUCGUUAAAUAUUCCCAGAUCUGAAUGAGUGCUUUUUAAUGAAAAGGUCAGGAUAUAAUUUACACACAUCUCAAGAAUAAUUAAUUCAGUUGGACCUUGUUUUACCAUCUGUUUUAUUCUUCUUUCACAAAAUGAAUAUAUGUUUACAGAUUUGUGGUGAAAAAAGGUGAACGUUUUUUCUAUUUAUAUUCAAGUAACAUAUGUUUGACGUAUUUGAUAUAAAUUGAUAAAUGGAUACGCUGUAUUUAUGGUAAAUGAUCGAUCAUCUUGAACUGAUAGAGCUUUUUAUAUCCCUUCAGGAAAUUGGUCAGCAUUUCAAUGUACUUGACAUUCUAUGUAACAUUACAAAUACUAUUGACAAACUAUUCCAUUUAAGGCCACACAAAUAUAAUAUUUUGUUUCUUGUAUCUGCAUAUUUCAUUAUCUAUAAAACCUUGGUACAAUAUUUGGAGAUUUAAGAUCAAGUUUUUCUCAAGGGCUGAAAUAUUUAUGUAAGAAGUAAAGUAAAUACUGUAGUUAUUUAAGAUAGAAGAAUUUAUUACUUUUUACAUAAAAAAUGUUUGUAUAAAAAGGCAAAAAUACCACGAUGUCUCAAGAGCCAUGUUUAGAGAUAUAUCGAUGUGUAAUGCUUACAUUAAACUUGCACAUAAAUCUUGUACGUUAACUUUCCAGCAUUUGAAGUAGAACUGCCUUAAUAUCAUUGCUGAUAAAAACAAACAAAAAUUUGUAUGAUACAGUAAACAAAAAAUUGGUUUUGUGUGGCCUAAUCCCAUAAAUGUGGGAAUAAUAGGACAAAAUAUUAGAUAGUAUUGGUUUAUGUUAAAUCAAUAUUCAUUGUAAACUAUAAACUAAUGAUUGUAGAUUGUGUGUACUGGUGAUUUGCCAAUAUUGAUAAGAGUUGGGUCAUCAUGAACUUGACAUUUUUCAUGAAUUGUUAGUUUGUGUGACUGUUGAAUUUUGAUAUUGCCAACUUGUUAUAAUUUUUUAACUCCAAAAGUUGUCAAGGUUCAACUGCAAAGAAGAAGGAACACAAUAUUUAGUAUUCCCACAUUUAUUUGAUAUAGAAUAUUUGAACAAGAAAUAUGUGCAAUGAAAAAUCCAAAUGUUGAUUUUUUAACUCUACAUAAUUACUAAUUGAUUAAUAUAUUUUAACUAAAUGUUGUACAGAGUUAUUGUAAUAUAGUUAUUUUACUAAUGACAUAUGCAUGAGGUCAUAUUUUAACUAUAUAAUAAUUUAUUAUAGUAAUUGAUAUGUAUAUUUUUAUCUGGAAUCAAAGUCUCCCAGUAUCAGCUGAGAUUUUGGACAAGUCCUUUAUCCAUUAUACAUUAAUAUAUCUUAGUAUUGUAGUUCUUUUUGGUUUUGAUUUCUUACAGUUAGCUGUCAGUGACUAUGAAGUGCCUGCCUGGUUCUCAUUAUACCCUCAAGAAUGGUGUUUUGCACUGAAUAGUUGCCUUUUCUCUUGACACAGUCUGUUCUCAAAAAAUAGACUGGUUCCUUUUAUGCAUUUUUUGCACAUGAAGGGUUGCUUUUCAAAUUUACAGUCAGUGGAAAGGGUCUAGACUGGUUGCUAUUAAUUAUGCACUACACAUUUUGUGUGUUGGGACAUUUUUUUUACAUUUACUCUCCACAUAUAUUGAUGAAAUAGCCAACUUCAGUGGUAUCCCACUGAUUAUUAGCUAUCAUAAACGUUUUUAUAGGAGUGUUAACAAGUCUUGUUAUGUUACUGUUCAUGUUAACUGACAGUUAAUUGUAUAGAUAGUCAACAACCUUUUAUUUGUUUACAUCUGGAGACAAUUGCAUUAUGUAAGUGCUGUUACAUAGCUGUACUUUUAACCCAAAAUAACACAUGGUUGUUAACCGUGUUAAAUUUUGAAAAAUCUGUUAAGAUUGACUGAUAAGUGGUGCAUUCAGUGAAAUGUUGAUGGUUUUUAACCUUUACCCUGCUAAAUUUCUAAAAUGGACUGGUCCAUCAUUCAGUCUGGACAGCAACACUAGUUAUCCAAAGGGGUUGUUCACUUAAAAUUUACGGACUCAGUAGCGAACAGUGCAGACCGUGAUCAGCCUGCAGGCUGAUCUUUGCACUGGUCGCGAAGGCAGAGUCACUUGCCGCCAGCAGGCUAAAGGUUAAGAAGAUUAGAACUUUUCUAAGUCUUUCUGUGAGUCAUGAUAAUUCAUGGUAAACUGAAUAAAAAAUUGAAAAAUCUG